AUGCAUGUAUUAGAUAAAACAGUAAGUGUUUUUAAAGAGCAAAUAAUCCCAGAACGUAAUAAGAUAAGAGAAUGGCCAACUUCAUUUUUUAUAUGUUUUGACUCUUUUUCAUUAUGCAAUGCCCAAUAUACGUCAAAAUCAUCUAUCAGUUUAUGCCCCUUUUUUAUUUUUUCCUUUUUUUUCUACAAGUGCAUGGAUGGCCCACAGGAGAAUAAGAUAUAUUGGCACAAAAAAGGGAUAAAAAUAGAAUUUGAUUCCUUGAGCAGUGACGAAUCGUGUGAAUCAUCUAACAAAAGUCAUAUUUAUGCCCCUGGGACAAAGAUAGAGCCGCCUUUUUCAGUAGAAGUUGUUUAUAAUAGGUUUUUGCACGAGAAUGAGAAGGAUAUUUCCAUCUAUACCAUAAAGAUAAGCUCUGCUGAUAGCUCUUGGCUGGUUAUUAAAACUUUUACACAGAUCUUAGAAUUACUCUAUAUGGUAAAUCAAAAUACAAAAAUUUUAGAAAAGUUAAAUAUGAAACGAUUUGUAUCAAUAAAAACGACGAACUUUAAUGAUAGAAACAGUCUUAUCGUACUAAUUCUGUCCACCAUACUGAACGACCCAGCAUGUUCUAAGUACAUCCAGCAGUUUAUACUUAGUGACAUACUAAAAACACAGUGCGAACUCUUAUAUAUUAUGAUGCACACUCCGCAGGACAGUCAAAAGAUUUGCUUUAUCGAGAACAAAGGAUGGAUCAGAGGAUGGCAGCCACAGAUGCUAAAAAAAAUGAAUAAUUUAAUCGCUGAAGUAUCUAAAGAUAAAAUAAAACGGAUUAUUCCUAAAAACGAAAUACAAAUUAUCGAUAAAACAGUGAUAAUAAAAGAGUCUACAAAAGAAAGAAACCUAGUCGCAUUAGAAAAAUACACGAUAGACUUGCUUAAAACCUGGCUAAAUGAAGACGAAAUAUCAAUCUAUAAAUAAACAUUGAAAAAU